UGAUGAUGUAUACAUUGAAACUAAAAUAUCUAUAUACUAUUCUUCUGGAUACAAACAAAACAAACGGCCAAUGAGCUAGUGGUAGAGUGUUAAGAGAAAAACUUAGCGUUUUAAGGGACUCAGGUUUAAUUCCUGCCCUCAGUGUUUAGUUUCUGCCUGUUGAUGAUGGGAGACGGCGAUUGCUAUAUUGAUCCAUGAACUGAGCUUUGAUGUGGUAGCCCAUUUUAACGAUUAGUUUAGUUGACCUUAAAAAAAAAAAAGUUGAGUGAGGCUGAUCUGUUUCCUGUAGAAAAGCAUCCGAUUAACGUUAACAUCUGGAGUCGUGCCAGUCGUCGUGUCAACUGUACAAAAGUCUUCGUCCUCUUUGCUCUCUCUCCCUCAUCCCUAUCACCAAACUCCACCAUGGCAGGCCGAGACAUACUCAACAAGAUGAAGGAAAAGGUUGGUCUAUCAUCAUCUUCAGCCGAAACAGGAAAAGGAAAGAGCAAGAUGUCGAAACACGUUACGCACGGGUAUCAUUUAGUCAAGGGGAAAUCAUACCAUGAUAUGGAAGAUUACGUAUUUGCGCAGUUCAAGAAUGUCGAUGAUAACGAGCUUGGCCUGUUUGCUAUAUUCGACGGUCACUUAAGCCAUGAAGUCCCCGAUUAUCUGCGAUCUCAUUUAUUCGAAAAUAUUUUAAAAGAGCCCGAUUUUUGGACCAAAACCGAGCAUGCAAUUAGAAAGGCGUACCGGGUAACUGAUAAAACGAUUCUGGACAAAGCAGUUGAUCUGGGAAGAGGAGGUUCAACUGCGGUUACCGCCAUUUUAAUAAACUGUAAAAAGCUUGUAGUCGCUAAUGUUGGGGACUCGCGGGCUGUGAUAUGCAAGAAAGGUGUGGCGAAGCAGUUAUCGAUUGACCAUGAACCGAGCAAGGAACGUAAGCUUAUUGAAAACAGAGGCGGUUUUGUAUCCACCUUUCCAGGUGACGUGCCACGCGUUGAUGGGCGGUUAGCAGUGGCAAGAGCGUUUGGUGACAAGAGUUUGAAGGAACACCUGAGUUCUGAACCAGAUGUGUUUAUGGAAAUGAUAGAUUGUGAUACCGAGUUCAUAAUAUUAGCAAGCGAUGGCAUUUGGAAGGUUAUGUCGAAUCAGGAGGCGGUAGAUUGCAUCAAGAAUGUGAAGGAUGCAAGGGCGGCUGCAAAGCAUCUGAAUGAGGAGGCACUUGCAAGGAAGAGUACAGAUGAUAUUUCUUGCAUUGUUGUAAGGUUCCAAUGAUGUCACAAUUGUUUUGUUUCAACGGUUUAUUGUGCGGUUUAGUGUUGUUGUAUUAUAUCUUGAAAUCGCGGUCUACAAUGUGGGAGAGUGGUAUAACAUGUAAAAAUAUGUUACAUGUAAUGUAUGUUGUAUCUUUCUUGCUCUUUUAUAUGUUGAUAACUAUUUAUUGAUGACAUAUCCCGGGUUUGUAUGGGUUUUCUGUA